UCAAUCAAAGUAACUUGUCAAAAUAAAUUGUAAACAAAAAUAUUUUAAUAAAAAUAUAAAACUACAAUUAUCCUAUUUGAAUAUUUGACUAUUAGAUUCUGGAUGGUUCAAUUACUAUCUAAUAAAAUGUCUGGGGAUGGUUCUGGUGGUGUCGGCGGUGGAACACAAGUGGCACUGGUUACCGGAGGCUAUGACCACACAAUCAAGCUUUGGCAAGCGCACAGCGGAGUCUGUUUACGUACUAUGCAACACCCUGACUCUCAAGUCAAUGAUUUGGAAAUAACACCAAAUGGCCAAAUGGUAGCUGCAUGUGGCUAUCAACACAUCAGGAUGUAUGAUCUUGCCAGCGCCAAUCCAGAUCCUGUGAUGAACUUUGAGGCUAUCACUAAAAAUGUAUCAAGAGUAGGUUUCCAGGAAAAUGGGCAAUGGAUGUACACAGGAGGUGAAGAUUGCACAGCAAGGAUAUGGGAUCUAAGGGCAGGGCGACCAUUCCAGUGCCAGCGCAUCUUUGAGGUGCCAGCACCAGUGAAUACAGUAGUGCUGCACCCAGACCAGUCACAGAUUAUGGUUGGCGGCCAGAGCGGCAUCAUACACAUAUGGGACCUCAAGACUGAUCACAAUGAACAACUGAUACCAGAAGCAGAGGCAUCUAUCCAAGAUAUAGCGAUUGAUCCAUCGGGUAAGCUGAUGGCUGCUGUGAACAACAAAGGCAGCUGCUACGUGUGGUCGCUGGCGGGCAGUCCACCGCGCCCCGCGCCUCGCAAACAUCUGCGCGCGCACAACAAAUACGCGCUGCGCUGCAAAUUCAGCCCUGACUCCACUAUGUUAGUGACGACGUCAGGCGACUGCUCGGCGCGUGUAUGGCGCACGAGCGACUGGUCGCUACUGCGUGAGCUGCGACACGACGCGCAACGUUGGGUGUGGGAUGCAGCCUUUAGCAUCGACUCACACUACCUCUUCACUGGUUCAUCAGACAGCUAUGCAAGACUUUGGGAUCUAGAGAAAGGCACAUUAGAAAGGGAAUACUGCGGACAUCAGAAACCAAUAACUGCUUUAGCAUUUAGAGAUCAAGCUGUGUAAGCCAAUAUACAAAUUAAAAGACAAUUCCUUGGCGUAGUAUUUGUAUGCCAUGACAUAUAAGUUUACUCUAUGUUCACUGGAAUCCUACAAUUUAUGUCCGAUUGUACAUACCACUGUAUUAUUGUGUUCACAUUUACUAAGUAAAUGUUACAAUGUAAGAAACAAAAUAAAACUCAAGUAUGCA